GAGCUUCAUCAAAAAACAUCUUCCAACAUGAGACAAGAAGAGGCCAAUCUAACCGGUGUUUAACUGUUCUACCUGCAAGCUGUUAACCUGGAAAUAAAUACUAUGUGGAGAUUAAACAAAGUCCGCCACAAAGCUGGUCGACCAGGAGACAGCGUGGAGGAGCUGAAGUUAAAGAGGCGAGAACACGAGAAAGCGCUGAGACAAGCCCGCAGAGACAGACAGCUUGUGAGUAAGAGACUCCUCCUGAAUGACGAUGAGGACCAGUCAGAGGUCACCAUGGACACCAACUCAGGAGAACAGGAUGUGGUCGCUGUUCUUCAGAAACUUCACCACAGCGGGCCGGAGAGGGACACCCACCUGAAAGCUUUGAGUAAAGCUCUGCGGGACCCGUCAGCACAGCUCACCUUCAUCAAGCAGGAGAAUAGUAUGCAUCUUCUGGUUGGUCUCCUCACCGGCUAUGAUGCUACGUGCCGUCUGCAGGCGGUUCGAUGCCUGCAUGAUUUACCAUACAAGGAAAAAAAUAGAAUUUGA